AUGCCCAGUCGACUUCUAGGAAACGCAGAGCUUGACCUCCUCGGCAAAACCGCCUCAUCAGUUAUUGUUCUUGCACUACAUCACCCAACAGGUUAUAUUCGAAUCAUUACGUUGUGGAUUAACACAAUGAAGGUACGUGUAUGUAUCUUGUUGGCUGUUGUCCUGCAAGUUGUCUGUACACUAGCCUCUGAACUUCAAGCAGAUGACUGGUCAACUUAUAACCAUGAGCCAGUUAAAAAAGGAAGACAGCAACGUCAGAACAAUGUGCCGUUUAACUUAUGUAUGACAGAUCCAUGUGAAAACGGGGGUACUUGCGAGCCCACAAGAGGAUUUCUUUACAAGUGUGUCUGUCCUAGAGGCUUUGCUGGCAAAAACUGUGAAAAUGAAAUAAACUUUUGCGCUGACCAGCCUUGUAGUAAUGGAGGGACAUGCGAAAUUUAUCAGGACUCAUACAGAUGCUUAUGUAAUGAAGGAUUUGCUGGAAAAACUUGCAGCACUAGAAUUGACCACUGUUCUGGAACCCCCUGCAUGAAUGGUGGAACCUGCACCAGCACAACCACAGGGUUCAAGUGUGCCUGUACUGCAGACUAUGCUGGGGAAAGCUGUGAGGUGGAUAUAGACUCAUGCACACUUUCACCCUGUAGAAAUGGCGCCACAUGCCAAGACCUGCCCACUAGCUAUAAUGAGAGCAAGAAACAGAAGAGAAGAAAAACGUUACAUUUAAUGUCAGCAAGAGCAUUACAAUAUGUUCUUCAUGUGCUGAUAGGGUCCUCAUUGGGAGUAAAGGGUAGACUUGAAGUGAAGGGUAGACUUGGAGUGAAGGGUAGACUUGAAGUGAAAGAACUUGAUACCAACUUCCAAAUGGACUUUGCUACACCCACAAUCAACGACUAUGCCAAGUUUGUCAUUGAUAAGCCGUUAACUGAUGUAACAGUUGCAUUUUGGAUGCAAACCACGGAUGAAUUUAACCAGGGAACUCCAUUUUCUUAUGCUGUAAAAGGUGUGCCUAAUGCCUUGACACUCACAGACUAUUCAAAUUUACAACACUUUGUGAAUGAUGAAACAGUAUCCAUUGGCUUGAAGCUGAAUGAUGGUCUCUGGCAUCAUGUGGCACUGAUGUGGUCGAGCAACAAGGGAGACUGGUUGUUAUACGUUGAUGGAGUUUUGAGAGACCAGGCCUAUGACUUAUCCCCCUCUAAACCUAUCCCAGGCAAUGGUUCGUUUAUAAUUGGACAAGAGCAGGAUGUGAUGGGUGGGCAGUUCAGCUCCAGUGAGACUUUUGUUGGCUCUCUGACACAGUUCAAUGUGUGGGAUGGAGUACUUAGCCUUCAAGAAGUCCACAAGCUCAUCUACAGCUGUGAGAAGUUUGAAGGCAAUGUUUUAGCUUGGUCCUCUGUGAAGGAUGCUUUCAAAGGGGACAUCAGCAUCAGUCCAUCCACAUUUUGUAAAGAAUGCCCAACUCCAGUGAAUCCACUCCAUGGAGAAGUAACCUUCAAUGACACAAAGGCUGGCGCAAUAGCUGUGUAUGCCUGCAACAGAGGAUAUAGCUUGGAUCGCACAGAAACUCCAAAGUGUCUUUCAAUGGGCCGCUAUGACCAGAUUACACCAAUCUGCUCAGUAAUUAAUUGUGGUUCACCGGGCAACAUAAAAUUUGGAACUGUUAAAGGCAGAGAUUACACUGUUGGCAAAAAAGUAAUGUUUGAAUGCAACUACGGCUACAAGCUCAGUGGCAUAAAUGCCUCUGUGUGCACUGAAUCUGAAGAAUGGGAUUUUGAAGAAAAGCCUAAAUGUGUUCCGAUGACAUGCACACUUCCGCAGGUGUCAGCGAACACAAUACCAUCUGUACAAGACGAGGAAGUCAAACAAGGAACCACCGUUCGCUUCACUUGCAAACCUGGCAAUAACCUACAGACCAGACAUAACGCAGUGGUCUGUCAGAAAGAUGGGACCUGGGACAGAAGUAUUCCAUCUUGUGACCAAAUAACAUGCAGCAACCCACCUACCAUAGAGAAUGGAGAAAUACUAACAACAUACACACAGUAUUACAUAGGGGAUAGUGUCAGAUACCAAUGUGACACAGGAUUUGAGUUCAGAGCUGGUAUAUCAAGCAUCAGUUGCUUGCCUACCGGCAACUGGGAUACUGUGCUGCCUGUGUGCUUAUCCAUCACAUGCCCAGACCCUCCACUCAUAACAAAUGCUGUCAGCGUAGGCACGGAUAGAACGUACGGUGCUGUUGUUAACUACACCUGUUUACCUGGCUUCAAGUCUUCAGUACCUUCUGCUCAAAUCAAAUGUGAGUUGACAAAAGAUUGGAGCAGCACGCGAUUCAGGUGUACAGAGGUUGACUGUGGCGCCCCUGCAGAGAUCCCUAAUGGGAUCAUCAGCGGAGAUACGUACGUUUUUAAGAAUUACGUGCUGUACCAGUGUAACCAGGGCUACACCCUCACAGGCCCGGAGCGAAGAGUCUGCCAAGAAAAUGGUCAGUGGAGUGACACGCACCCAGUGUGCAGUCCCGUUGUUUGUGGAAAUUUAACAGCAGUAUUGAACGGCCAGGUAGUUUACACAGCCAUGACCUACCUGAGCACAGCCAGGUUCGCUUGUGAUCGGGGCUUUGAAUUAAGAGGGGCGCAGGAAAUUACGUGCAUGGCAUCAGGUCAAUGGGUGCCAGAUCCACCUGAAUGUGUCCCACGUUCCUGCCCGACCCCACAAGACAUUUUGUUUGGGUCAUUUACCUCAUCUGUUGAGCUUAUUUUCAAAGCUACGGUAAACUACACAUGUAACACAGGCUACAUACUGACCGGCACUGACCAACUGACAUGCCUGGAGGAUGGCACCUGGUCAUCUUCACCACCUGAAUGUACCAAAACCACGUGUCCUCAAACUGAUGACCCCGCACAUGACUUGAAUUCACCUCGACCGACUGUGGUUAAUGCAGAGAAACCAAAUGACAAAUUCGAACAGUCAGAAAAAGUCGCGUUUACAGUUGGGUUAUCAAAACAAUUGGAUGUUCUGUUGAAAGAUGUCGUUGUUUAUAAUGAAGUUGUAUCUAAUAUCGGAGACAACUAUAACAACACAAAUGGUGUUUUUAGAUGCAACAUAGCUGGGUUAUAUUUCUUCCAAAUCUACGGCGCUGCUAAUAAAGGGAAAGAACUGAGUUUGUCUCUUGUUAAAAACAAAACGAAAGUUGUGUCCCUGUACAGCAACACAAACCAAGAGUUGUCCCUCGCUGCCAACUCCGCAGUGUUGCUGUUGGAGGCUGGUGAUGAGGUCUUUGUUGAAGCUUCCAACUGUGGUAGUCUGUACGGAGAAGAGCAUCACGUGAUCAACACUUUCUCUGGCUUCCUGCUGAGGAAAGCGAUAUAACAUUUCGUGUCAUCUAAAUAAAAGAUCUUCUAAAACGUUAUGUGACUGGACUGACUAAUUAAUUAAAAUUUUAUUGACUAGUCUAAUUAGUGUAGACGUAAUCUGUACUG